AUGUUGAGCUGGAUUUCGAGAAAGAAGAUAAAGUACCAGCAUACGUCUCGUACUGACACGCUGAUAGAUACAUGCGACGACGUCCGCCAUAAGAUCAACGCACACCUCAAGAAACCCGGCGUAACCCAGGCUGCAUUCCUUCGCGCAGCCUCAGCGUCCUUCCACAACCCGUCCAAGACCCUCAACGCGCGCCAACUCUCUGCUUUUCGCAGCAAGAAAGGGGCGUUGAACGGCAACACAUCCGGCAUCUAUUAUGGUUCGUACGUCUACUUUGAGAAGCUACGCAUCAAAGAAGGAAAGCCCAAGAGCAAGAAGAGGCAGGAGAUGGAGGAGAUACAUUCCAAGGAUGGCGAAAUAGACACAAAGCAUAUGCAGGACCGACUUACUACCCGGGAGGGUGACCAUUGGCACCAUGAUGCUUAUGGGAGGACGAUUCUCAACGGGGAGAUUCUUGAGUAG